AUGGAGAUAGAUCUCAACCACCCACCAGUCCUUGAUGCAGAUGAGGGUUCCUUUGCUGCUACUGCCGCGACGGCGGCCCCGGCGGCGAUUCCCAACUCAGGCCACGUCGAUGUGGUCUGGGAAAACCCGCCGAGGAAGAGAAGGACCCCGAGAGAAGAUGUUUGGGCCGCUGAAUCUUCCAAGCCCAACCGGGGUGGUGACGGCGGCGCAGAGGGAGGAGGAAAAAAGGCCCUUCUGGUUGUGCUGGAUCGGAAGGAAUCGACCGGUACGGAGGAGGAUCUUAUUCAGGACAAGGGAGCUUUGACCACCGCUCUGGGAAAUGGGCCGCUGCAGCUUUUGGCCCCAGCGGAUGAAAUCGUCGGGGCCGAGAUGGGAAAUGCACCAGGGGAGGAAGGUUCAGAAGCGUCUGCGACGGCGACGGCACCACCACCGGAGGUCCUCGCGGCGGAUGAAUCAGCGGCCGCGGUUGGGGCAAGGGAAGCAGCGGCGGCGCAGCCAGGUGUCACGCUGAGGAGAAGUGUGAGGCUGAUGUCGCAGCCGCAUAGAUAUGUGGACGCGGUGCUCUUGGAACCGCUGCAUUCGGUGCCUCAAUCCGAACCGUUCGAAUUGUUGCCGGAGCUCCGCCCUCGACGUCGUGGGCCCAGGAAGUCGGAAAAACGCCAAAAAAAAAAGUCAGUGUAA